CGGAUAUCACUGUCACAAACCCGAACAUGGCCGACGGCGACACCAAGGCGACGCUGAGUGCCGUGUGCAUCGAUGUUUUCACAGAGCUGCCGCUGACCGAGACGGGACGACCGGUAUUGUGGCCGUCGGAAGUCGAAGUGUACAGUGAAUCGCACGUGAGCCUCUACGACGGCAACGUCAAGUCGAUAUAUACCCAGGGGCGAUGUGUGAUUACAACACACCGCCUGCUUUGGCUGUGCGAAGCAAAGUGUACGCACAUUUUCAUGUCUUUGUCGACGAUCGACCGCUAUAGCAAGGAAUCCGGGUUUCUGUCGCGCUCGGCCAAAAUCCGCAUCGAUUACACGCUCAACGGCGAGCACAAGUUUGUCAAGCUCUCGUUCAAGACCGGGGGACGCGACGAAUUCUUCAGUCCAUUCGAGGCUGCGAUGGCGCGCAAGGCAUGGGCGGACACAAAGGCGCCGAGCGCGCUUGCGGACCGUCGGCUGCAGCAGACACGUCAAUUCGACGCCGCCGCUGCAGGGAUCGGAGGGAUCAUGCAGCGACGACAGGAGGAGCAGAAACAAACGUCGGAGCUGACGGCGCAGUCGUUCUCGGACUUGAAUGCGUUGAUGGACAAGGCCAAGGACAUGGUUGCAAUCAUUGAGCGCUAUGUGGCGACGAGCAAGUCGACCACGGCCUCCUCCUCGCCUGACUCGUCCGAUGCAUCGGCACCAAACGACGAAGCGACCGAAAUGCAUGCCAUGCUGCUCAACAUGGGCAUAGCAUCCCCCGUGACCCGCGAAAACGCUGGCGACGCGUACCACGUCCAGUUGGCGCGCCAGCUCGCGUCAUUCCUCAAGCUUCCGCUGGAUGCAUCGGGUGGCAUCUUGACGUUGUCGGACAUCUACUGCCUCUUCAAUCGCGCGCGCGGGACGGAGCUGAUCUCUCCAGAAGACUUGUACCACGCCGCGGCGUUGCAAAAGCCACUCCAUCUCGGCAUGCACAUGCGCAAGUUUGAAGGCGGACUCAUCGUCCUCCAAGCAGGUGCUGUGUGGACAUCAUUCGACCUGCGGCGACCUGUGAUCUGGCCGAGCACUAACAUGGAGUAGACUCACACAACGAAGACCGCGUCGCUGCACGGCUCGAAGCGCUCGCGACGUCGGCCAGCGAAGGCUGCAUCACGUCGUCGGACGUGGCGCGAGCGCUCAAGAUAUCCAUCCCGCUUGCCGUCGAGUACCUCAAGGCCGCGGAACAAAAGGGCAAGCUGUGUCGAGACGACACCUUCGACGGGCUCCUCUACUACUCGAACCGAUUUCCGUCGUUUGUGGACCGCUUGGCGGCGGCGUGACCUGCUUUCGUCGAGGCUCUGAUCGGCGAGGCGCCGCCAGGCAGGCACUAUUCUUGUAAUGUACAUGCGCAGUGCGGAUCAACGAUCGGUCAAAAGCAAUUUGUUGUG